AUGGACAAAUUAAUAUGGCGCAAAGCUGCGCAUACCACGGCAUCCUUUCGACCAGCAGCAGCCACGAAGAUAAUAUUCCUCAAUCAACCCCGCCUCGUCCGACAUGCUAGCACGAUCCCGUCCAUUACGCAACCAUCAUUUUGGAAGAAUAUGAUACCAAAACCAUUCCGACGCUCAAAAGAAUCUGUGAACUGGAGAGUGUCUAAAAAGCCCAAGUCAAAGGAAUGGAAUCCAGCAACAUUCUAUAUCGUCAUCUUCCUCUUUAUUGGCUCCAUGGCUAUCCAGAUGAUCGCCUUGAAGAAGGACUUUGACACGUUCAUGAGGCGGUCCGAAGUUCGCAUUGGGUUGCUACGUGAGGUCGUAGAGAAAUUACAAAGAGGUGAAGAAAUUGAUGUCCAGAAAGCCUUAGGCACUGGCGAUGCGGAGAAGGAGAAAGAGUGGGAGGAGGUACUCAGAGAGAUCGAACGCGAAGAUAUCCUUAAGGAUACGAAGAAACCCGAAAAACCAAACCAACCCGUGGUAGAUUCCGUAAAGGCUGAGUUCAGUAAUUCAACCGCUGCGGAAAUUAAGGAGCGCCCUAAGACGAAGACUGGAAGCUACUCUAAUUUUUUCUAA